CUCUGCCGUUUUAGGGCUCAAAGGUCAGAUUUUUCACCGAGCCGCAGCGGGGAAGACGAUGGCGGUAAUCGGACCGAACAUGGCGAGCUACGACUUGACUCCUCGCGUCGCGCCGAACCUGGACAGGCACCUCGUGUUUCCCAUGCUUGAGUUUCUUCAGGAGCGUCAGCUGUAUCCCGACGAGCAGAUCCUCAAGUGGAAGAUCGAGCUUUUGAACAAGACCAACAUGGUUGAUUACGCUAUGGAUAUCCACAAGAACCUCUACCACACCGACGACGCUCCCCAAGAUAUGGUGGAGAGGAGAGCGGAGGUGGUGGCGAGGCUUAAAUCUCUGGAGGAGGCGGCUGCUCCUCUGGUGGCUUUUCUUCAGAACCCUAAUGCUGUUCAAGAACUGAGGGCUGACAAGCAGUACAAUCUCCAGGUGCUGAAAGAGCGAUACCAGAUUGGUCCAGAGCAGAUUGAGGCUUUGUAUCAGUAUGCCAAAUUUCAGUUUGAAUGUGGGAACUACUCUGGGGCUGCUGAUUAUCUUUACCAGUACAGGACCCUUUGUACCAACAGUGAAAGAAGCCUGAGUGCAUUGUGGGGAAAGUUUGCAUCUGAAAUAUUGAUGCAAAACUGGGACAUUGCACUUGAAGAGCUCAACCGCCUUAAAGAAAUCAUUGACUCCAAGAGUUUUUCAUCUCCGAUAAACCAGGUGCAGAGUAGAAUAUGGUUAAUGCACUGGAGUCUCUUCAUCUUUUUUAACAAUGAUAAUGGAAGGACGCAGAUCAUUGACCUUUUCAACCAAGACAAGUACCUAAAUGCCAUUCAAACCAGUGCUCCCCACCUUCUGCGAUACCUAGCAACUGCUUUAAUUGUCAACAAAAGAAGGAAACCUCAAUUAAAAGAAUUCAUCAGGGUUAUUCAACAAGAGCAGUACACAUACAAGGAUCCCAUCAUUGAGUUCCUGGCAUGCAUCUUUGUAAAUUAUGACUUUGAUGGCGCUCAAAAGAAGAUGAAAGAGUGUGAAGAAGCCAUUGUGAACGAUCCCUUCCUGGGCAAACAUGUCGAAGAUGGAAACUUUUCUACUGUGCCAUUGAGGGAUGAAUUCCUUGAAAAUGCCCGAUUAUUCAUCUUCGAGACGUAUUGCAGAAUUCACUCGCGAAUUGACAUGAAGGUACUUGCGGAGAAACUAAAUCUCAACUACGAGGAGGCAGAGAGAUGGAUUGUGAACCUUAUCCGCACCUCAAAGCUGGAUGCCAAGAUUGAUUCCGAGACCGGAACUGUGAUCAUGGAGCCUAAUGAACCCAACAUACACGAGCAAUUGAUAUCCCACACCAAAGCGUUAUCCGGACGAACUUACAAGUUAGUCAGUCAGUUCUUAGAGCACGCCCAGACGCAGCAGACAGCUCGAUGAGUUCGAUGUCAAAACCAACCCACAUGGAGUUGUCUUACAGUUUUUGGGCAUCUUUGUUUUCUCGUGACAUACUAAGAUCACUGCCAAGAUGUAAUGAAUCACCCAUUCUUGAAUUGGUUUUCUUCUGUAACCACAACAGAGUGCAUGUCCCAUCUGUCUUAAGCUAGCAAUACAUGGGGAAGGAUUUCGAUUU